UCUGAAUGCUGUGGGCCAACUGCCACUGAAAGAAAAAGAAGGAGGAGGUUAGCUAGACUAGUAAGCAUCGCAUUGUCAAAACAAAGCUUUAGCUUCCGCCUGUGUUUUUGUUGGCUCCACUUUUCACCACAAAGCCGUGCGCAACGACCGGCAGCGUCUGUUGCUUUCGGUUCGACCGUUGUUCGUUCUCGUCGAAACAUGUUCCGCGGUCGGCCUUCGCCGAGGGGCUCUUAUGGGCCGCCUUUCGACAACUGCGGCCCGCCGCCGCGGCUGCAUCCGAGAGGCGAUGAGCGAAAUCGGGCCAGAUCACCGCACCACUCGGACUACCACCACCGCGGACACCCCGACUACCAUCGCCCUCCGCCGCACCGCAGCUACUAUCCUCCCGCUUCAGCAGGACACCGAGGGGGGCAGCACCGCUCCGCUGCUCCACCCCGGGAGAUGUCGCCGUCUCCUUGCCAUCGUCUUCCCGUUGACCACAAACUCGUCAUCACGGUGGGCAACGAGCUGACCAGCUCCACGACUCCGCGUCAGCACGACAGAGACAGAAGUCCGGACCGCAGUUGCAUCCGCAGCAGUCGCGCAAGGAGCAAGAGCCGCCAUCGCAGCCAGCGGUGCAGUAAGUCUCGGUCCACGUCCAGAGGGCGCAGUCGAGGGCGGGCGUCCAGCCGGGCCUCGAGCCGGGCCCCAAGUCGGGCCAGCAGUCACAGCAGGAGGCGCAGCACCAGCAGCAGCUCCAGCAGCCCCCGUGCCAAACCUUUCAGUGAACUGGAAGUGGCUCGUCGCAGGAAGGAGCAGGAAGAGUCGUUGUGUCUGCCCACCAAAUCCAUCCUCAAGAAACGCUCCGACUACGAGCGCUCACCGUUGGUCAGGACUUGUGACUCGGGCCUGUCUCACGUAGCGGAAGAGCUCCUGCGGGCCGUCAAAGGAAUGGAUUCGGCCGCCGUGGCGUCUGUGUUGAACGAGCUGCGGUCUGACCCGCAGAUGUCGCAGCAGGCCGACUUCAACGCGGAAAUCAAGGAGAUCCUGAAUUUGCUGGACCUGGCGGCGGUGGCCCAAGAAGCCAAGGGUUUGGCCACUGAUAUUGACGACGAGGAGAAGUUCCUGUAUGGAGACUCUGCAGAACCCGAUAUAGUGGUUCCGCCCGAGCCACUCCAGAACCACGCCUUUGAUCUGUACGGCGAUGUCACGGAGGACGUUCUCUACGAUGAUCUGCUGCCAGCCACCAUACCGCCAGUGGUCUCGCCUCCCAUUGCUGGCGAGGUCUGUACGAAUUGGACCCCCUCGGCUCACGCCUCAGUUUCCCAUGCUUCCGAACCGCCGCCGGACAAGGAGAGCGAUCAGCAGGCACUGGAAGACUACCAGAAGCUUCAGAACCUCUUGAAGACCAUUGGCUUGGAUCUGGGUGUGACAGAGAUCAGCAAACUGGCUGCCAGGACCAAGGAGCGCUUGCAUGGUAAUAAGAUGCCCAUGCGACGGCGUACACGUUACUCCUCCGGCAGCUCUAACGAAGGUCGCAGCAGGCGCAGCCGCAGCUCAGAUGAGGAAGAGGACGACUACAAACGGGUCCGCCACGCCAGACGUGCGGGCAGUUGGAACAAAGAUGUCGGCAGCGCUAUAAGUGAGGCGCCGCAGCAAACGGCCGCCAUUGACACCGCAGCCCCUUUGUCGGCGACGGCCGUCCCUGCGACCGUGGCCGUCCCUCCCUCCUACCCGCCCUCGCAUGCUCCAGAUAUGCUGGCGCCCAGCUAUCUGUCGCCGGGCUACGGCCAGUACGGGAACUUCCUGCCAUACGCGCAAGCGCAGUGGCCCCCGCCUUUGUACCCGCCCCCAAGCUUGCCGCCGACACCCGGCGCCACCAACUUUCCGCCGACGCCCAGUGCCAACAACUUCCUGCAAGCUCUGCCGUACCAUGCAGCUGAGCCCCAGCCGUCGGCACUUCCUGAUCCUGAGGUUAAAGGUGCCGUCAAGACUCCUUGGAUCUCCGGGAAGGGAGCGGGACCGGCUUUCUGUCAGGUGUCAGAGCAGGAGAACAACGAAAGCCAGAAGCAGAAGGUUCUGGAGGAGCGGGAGAACCUGAGACAGGAGCGAGAGCAGCGCAUGAAAAAGAAGGAGUACCUCAUGAAGGAACUGGAGCGACUCCGCAAGCAACAAGGCGAGCUGCUGAGGAAGAAGCGUCGCGAGAAGGAUGGUCACAAAGACCCCCUCCUGCAGGAGAUCAGCCUCCUGCAGGAGGACAUCAUGAUGCAGAUCUCCAACCUGCGCAAGGAGCACGAGGUAGCCGAGAAGAAGCGCAGUGAGAUCGAUAAGGUGGCGCUUAUCCUGGGGCUCGGAUCCUCUGACCGUCCCCGUUCGACAUCCCGGGUGGCGCAGGAAGCCCACGCGCUGGCCAAGCCCGAUAUAAGUAGGUCGCGCAUGCAGCACAGUCCAGAGCACCAACAAGAUGGCGAGCGCCAACAAAAUGACGCUGGCGGCGGUGGCAUCUCCCUGAAGCAGGACGUGUCAGAAGCAAACCGGCGACUGCUCAUUCCCACGACUCCACCCCCUGAGCCCUUUGAGUACUACGACGCUGGGAACCAUUGGUGCAAAAGCUGUAACCUCACCUCGGGAUCCAUGUUUGAUUUUCUUAACCACCUGCAUAGCAAAACCCACCGCAAGACUCUGGACCCUUACGAGCGUCCGUGGGCCUCCUCACCCACCCAAGCAGCGGAGAAAGCACAGACAGAAGAGAAGCUAAUGAAACCGGCCAAAGGUUCUGAGUUCUUAUUUCCUGUGCGCGGAUUUUUCUGUUUGCUGUGUGAAAAGUUCUUUGGAGACGCAAUCUGCGCAGAAGAGCAUGUCACCACUCACAGCCACAACGACAACUACAAGGUUGAAGGUGUUUCUUGGAGGAGGCCUUGUCGUUCCACUGAGGUGGCCAAUUGCAAAAGGGCGCCCACGGGACUCAAAGCAGAUGUGGACGUUGGUGGCCAAUGAGGUGACCGACCGCACUGUGAAGAGGAAAGUAACCGAGUGCCGAGCCCGCAGAACAAGCAGAAUGCCCAACCGAAUCAAGAAAGAUAAGUCAAAGUCAAAGUCUGCUUUAUUGUCAAUUUCUUCACGUCAAGACACACAAAGAGAUCGGAAUUGCGUUUCCUACUAUCCUACGGUGACAAGACAUAUUAUAUAUUAUACUAUAUAGGUCCACGGACAAUGAAACAUUCAAGGAAACAAUACAAAAAGUAAAAACAAGAAGGCACAUACAAUGAAUAAUAAGAGCAAUGAAUAAAUAAGAGCAACAUGGUUGAAAUGGAGCAAUUGUGCAUACAGCAGACAGUCAGGAUGUAGCGCAAAAGUACAGGAGGAGUAGUGCAAGGCAGCCAACAGAGCCCAAAAGGCCAGGACGUUAUGCAGCCGAGGAUGGAGGGGGGAUAGACUUCAGGAUCCUAACAGCCUGGAGUAUGAAGCCGUUGGUGAGUCUGGUGGUGCGGGAGCGUAGGCUUCUGUACUAGGGGUGUAACGAUUCAUUGAUAGACAUCGAUUAAUCGAUAUAAUGCUCUACGAUUUAUUGGCAUCGAUGCUAAACGUAAACAUCGAUUUAUAUCGCCGGGUUUGACCUCGGACAUUAGACGCGACUUUAUUUUGAAAUCCAGUUCAUUGUUGCUCGCUUCCUCUUUCCGGGAGCAGUGCGCGCGGUGUUGUUGUGUUGUGAGCAGAGCAGGCACGUGAAAGAGAAGUCGACAACUAGUACGCGGCUCCUGGCCUGGCGCUAUGGCUAGUGUCCAAAAUGACGAGGAAAUUUGCUCCCCUUUAGGCUUCAAGUCAUUCGUUUGGAAGCACUUUGGAUUGCAAAGAAAAGAUGGCUCAACGGACAAGACACGUGCAGUUUGUAAAUCCUGCCAUGCGGUGAUCAAAUAUUCAGGGAGCACAAAUCUCGCCGCACAUUUAAAGAAAAAACACGACAUCAAAGUUCAGUGUUAAAAUAAGCACUUUGUAUACUACAAUACUCUUGUAAUUUCCUAAUGAGUUUGCAGUACCUUGUUGAUUUUGCGUAUGAAUUGUUAUAAAUCAGGAUAUUGUUCUAUAUUUUUUAUUUUAAAAAAAAAUCGAUCGUAGAGCACUAUCGCGAUAUAUUGUGGAUGAAUCGCAGCAGGCUUUAAGAUAUCGGCAAAUAUCGUAUCGUAGUUCUUUGUAUCGAUAUGAUAUCGAAUCGUGUCAAAACCCGCGAUUUACACCCCUAGCGUGUACGUUGUAAGUCGUCCUCCGCACUCUAUUUCCAUCAGUGCCGAAUUUCAAGUGUGGGCUGUGACGUCAGCAUUCUCGUAAUUCGCGCGCUGAGCUUUUAGAUACAGUUUUACGCUAAUGACACCCAAAAACCUUCCCCUGGAAUCCUGUUUAAAGUUUAGAGUGUUUAAAAAAAAGAGUCGACAAUUUGGCUCGACCUACGUGUGUGAGCAGACGUUCAGCCACAUGAACGUUAACAAAGCCCGUCACAGAUGUAGGUUAGCGGACCGACACCUUGGCUGUAUCCUAAGAAUUACCACAACAAAUUUUACUCCAGACCAUGAUGCAUUAGCAAAAAAGGGAGACCAACAAUAAUAUUGAUUUCGUUAUUACUUUAUUUAGAUGUAUUCUUUCACUGAUUCUUCAAGAUGAUGUAUUUGGUCAGAAUGUUUGCCAUUUGAUGUCAUUUCGCCUCAUUAGAUAAACAUAUUUCAUAAAUCUGACCUGCAGACGCUGAAACUAUUAUUCAUAAUAACAGUGUCGUAUUUAAUGAGAAUCACUGAUAGUAGUUUUUUGGUGAAAUAUUUUUUUUAAUGCUGUUGAUAAAUGCAUUUGUUUUCAAAAAGCUUUUUUUGAAUAUCCAUGCUUUACUACCUAGUAAAAGUAAAACCUUUUUAUGCCAUGACCUUUACAUGUCAUUUCUAUUACUUCACAGAAACAUCGCAAGUCAAAAAGUUUGCCCACCCCUGGCUUAGCUCAUGUUGCUUUCGAAGUGUCUGUCUUUAGCGGCUAACAGAGCUAGCUGCUACUCCUAGCCCGCCCGCCAUUGCCUCACUCACACCGGAGCGGAACGGCUGCGGCGUGGUCUUGUAUAGAAAGCAUUGGAGUUGACGAACUCACACUGGCUGCGGCGCGCCAGUGGAACGUUGCCGUCGUUCGCUUGCUAUCCGCAAGUCUUCGAUUUUUUCCCGGACGCCGGUGUACGAGGUGAAUCAGGUAUAUUUAAAACGUUCAGCAAACUCGUUUUUCCUUUUAAUUCACGAAAUGUCAACCUACAAACAGAUCAAUUUAAAGUUAAAGUCCCAAUGAUCGUCACACACACAUCUGGGUGUGGUGAAAUUUGUCCUCUGCAUUUAACCCAUCCCGUGUGAUUUUGAUCCAUCCCCUGGGGAAGAGGGGAGCAGUGAGCAGCAGCGGUGCCGCGCUCGGGAAUUUUUGUGGAUCUAACUCCCCAAUUCCAACCCUUAAUGCUGAGUGCCAAGCAGGGAGGCAAUGGGUCCCAUUUUUAUAGUCUUUGGGAUGACCCGGCCGGGGUUUGAACCCACAACCUUCCAGUCUCAGGGCGGACACUCUACCACACAGAUGUCAAACUCAAGGCUCGGGGGUCAGUUACGGCCCGCCACAUCAUUUUAUGUGGCCCGCGAAGACAAAUUGUGAAUCAAAUUCGUAUGUCAUUACGAGAAUUGCAAAUUGUCUUCACUUUUAAUAAUAUCUUUUUUUUUUUAAAUGUUUGACCAGUUUUUACUUGUCUGAUUUGAAAAUGAGUUAUUUGUCAGUUUGUUUUGUAGCUUUUACUGUAUAUAAUAUGAGGUGCUCGUACAUUUAUUUGGUUUGACAGUCAUAAUGGCCCUCCGAAAAAAGCUAUGAGCAUAAUGCGGCCCGCGAAAAAAACGAGUUUGACACCCCUGCUCUACUACUAGGCCACUGACCUGUUUCAGGCCAUUUCAGCUAACUACACAGCUUGGCAUGAGUUGAACAUUUGAAAGGCGAAAAGAGUUCGAAAUGAAUAGAACAUUACCAAGAAAAAAACUAACAAAACGUGAUUAAUAGGGGUGUAAAUCGAGGGUUUUGUCACGAUAUGAUAUAAUAUCGAUAUAAAGAACUACAAUACGAUAUUUGCCGAUAUCUUAAAGCCUGCUGCGAUUCAUUCAUGAUAUAUCGCGAUAUAGUGCUCUACGAUCGAAUUUUUUUUUUUUAAUAAAAAAUAUAGAACAAUAUCCUGAUUUAUAACAAUUCAUAUGCAAAAUCAACAAGGUACUGCAAAUUCUUUAUUUAGGAAAUUACAAGAGUAUUGUAGUAUACAAAUUGCUUAAUUUAACACUGAACUAUGAUGUCGUGUUUUUUCUUUAAAUGUGCGGCGCGAUUUGUGCUCCCUGAAUAUUUGAUCACCGCAUGGCAGGAUUUACAAACUGCACGUGUCUUGUCCGUUGAGCCAUCUUUUCUUUGGAAUCCAAAGUGCUUCCAAACGAAUGACUUGAAGCCUAAAGGGGAGCAAAUUUCCUCGUCUUUUUGGACACUAGCCAUAGCACCAGCCCAGGAGCCGCGUACUAGUUGUCGCCUCCCCUUUUACGUGCGUGCUCUGCUCACAACACAACAACGCCGGGCGCACUGCUCCCGGAAAGAGGAAGCAAGCAACAAUGAACUGGAUUUCAAAAUAAAGUCGCGUCUAAUGUCCGAGGUCAAACACGGCGAUAUAAAUCGAUGUUUACCUUUAGCAUCGAUGCCAAUAAAUCGUAGAGCAUUAUAUCGAUUAAUCGAUGUGUAUCGAUGUAUCGUUACACCCCUAGUGAUUAACCAUGGUAGAAGAGUGAAAUAAUGGAUGGGUAUUGUUUACAAAUAGCGCUCUUUUAAUCACGUAAACUCAGACCUGCGUGAAGCUGGCCCCCCACCCCACACAAAAUUUAAGCAAAAUAGUCUUUCGUUUGUGCUGGUUUGUGCAGCAAAAAUUUUCGUUUGUGCUGCUUCCGUUUCGGAGAUAUUACACAUUCAUUUUAUGGCGAUGACGUCAAAUGGACCCAAAAUGGUACCGUUCGUUUGUCCUUCGUUUGUGCAGGUUUGUGCAGCAAAACUGUUCGUUUGUGCUGUAAAGGGAAAUGUACUUUCGGCAGUUUGCAAACACAUUUGAUUAAGGCUGUGUUAGACACAUAUAAUCAUAUCAAUAUAAUUUCUAGUAGUAGUGUGGUCGCUUAAUAAGUGGAGAGGAAUGUGCAGACUACAUGAAUUUGUUUUCUACAAAGUACUGUGGAACAGGAGUUCCAGACAGGGAGGAUAUCUCAAGGCCGGUGAGGAACGCGAAUAACAACUCGUCUUUGUGGUCCAGACACCUGUGCUGAGCAGGAGAAAACCCAAACAAGGAGGAGAUGACCAUCAACCAAUCACCACACAAUAUUUUUCAUGCUUGAAUAUUCAUAUUGUGUUUCUUUAAAACUGGGCAACCCGGAAGAAUGUGUUGUCUCUUGAUGGUCACAAGAACACACGAAUCUUAGUGUGAGGGACCCGGGGGACCCAGGCGCCUGUAUUAGCUUGCUUUGUCAGGAUUAAACAAUUGGUAAAUUCGGCCUAAUUGAUCUCCUGGUCUUCUCUUUGACAGAACGAACUCGCAAAAUUGUUAGGUGCGACAGUGUGUGGAUUUGGACAUAAUAAUUCUUGUGUUAAGUGUUGAUCGCAGUUUGGAGUCACAUCAAUAACUAAAAUCCGUAGCCUAACAGCUGCUAUGUUUUUUUUAGUUAUGAACGAUUCUUUUAUAGGUCAUCCAGAGUUCACCCAGCCCCCCAUCUGCUCAAAAUGGACCCAAAAUGGUACCGUUCGUUUGUGCUUCAUUAGUGCUGGUUUGUGCAGCAAAAGUUUUCGUUUGUGCUGCUUCCGUUUCGGAGAUAUUACCGGGGGUUGGGGACCCCUGCGCUAAGUCUGGAGACUGGCUAGGCCACUCCAGGACCUUGAGAAAUUUCCUAUGGUUAGUAGGGGUGUAAAUCGCGGGUUUUGUCACGAUACGAUAUAUCGAUACAAAGAAUCACGAUACGAUAUUUGCCGAAAUCUUAAAGCCUGCUGUGAUUCAUUCACGAUACAUCACGAUAUAGUGCUCUACGAUCGAUAUCAAACAAUAUCCUGUUUUAUAACAAUUCAUACGCAAAAUCAACAAGGUACUGCAAAUUCUUUAUUUAGGAAAUUACAAAGUGCUUCCAAACGCAUGACUUGAAGCCCAAAAGGGAGCGAAUUUCCUCGUCUUCUUGGACACUAGCCAUAGCACCAGCCCAGGAGCCGCGUAGUUGUCGGCUUUCCUUUCACGUGCCUGCUCUGCUCACAACACAACACUGCACUGCACGCGCACUGCUCCCGGAAAGAGGAAGCAAGCAACAAGAACUGGAUUUCAAAAUAAAGUCGCGUCUAAUGUCCGAGGUCAAAAACGGGCGAUAUAGAUUGAUGUUUACGUUUAGCAUCGAUGCCAACAAAUCGUAGAGCAUUAUAUCGAUUAAUCGAUGUGUAUCGAUGAAUCGCUACACCCCUACUGGUUAGUUGCCCUGGCUGUGUGUUUUGGGACGUUGUCAUGUUGGGAGACCCAGCCGCGACCCAUCUUCAAUGCUCUUACUGAGGGAAGAAGUUUGUUGGCCAAGAUCUCAUGAUACAUGGCCCCAUCCAUCCUUCCCUGAAUACAGUGCAGUCGUCCUGUUCCCUUUGCAGAAAACAUCCCCAAAGUAUUAUGUUUCCGCCGCCAUGCUUCACAGUUGGGAUGGUGUCCUUGGGCUUGUACUCAUCAUUCUUCUUCCUCCAAACACGACGAGUGGAGUUUAAACACAAAAAUUACGUUUUUGUCUCAUCAAACCUUCUCCCAUUCCUCCUCUGGAUCAUCCAGAUGAUCAUUUGCAAACUUCAGACGGGCCUUGACAUGCGUUGGUUUGAGCAAGGGCACCUUGCGUGCACUGCAGGAUUUUAAUCCUCGAGUGUAUUACUGAUGGUUUUCUUUGAGACUGUGGUCCCAGCUCUAUUCAGGUUAUUGACCAGGUCCUGCCGUACAGUUCUGGGCGACAGGUGAGCUCUUGCAUGGCGCCCCAGACCGAGGGAGAUUGACCGUUUUCUUGAAUUUCUCUCAUUUUCUAAUCCCUUAUUUUCCGGACUAUAAGGCACACCUAAAAACCUAAAAUUUUCUCAAAAGCCGACAGUGCGCCUUAUAGUCCAGUGCGCCUUUGUGUGGACCAAAUUCCUAAAUUUAAACUGGCCCGAAGUAUUGUGUCAUGAAAACAAUCAUUAGUGGCCCGCUGAAGCAUGAAUCAAAAAUUAUUUUGUGAUUAUAAAGUAAUUUGUUACAUCUGAAGUUGAAAUAAAAAAGAUAAAAUGGAGAAUGAUUUGAUUUGGAUUAAAACUCUGACAUGAUGCAUUAAUGGUGUGCCUUAGUCCGGUGCGCCUUAGUCCCUUAUAUAAUGACAAAGUUUUAAAAUGGGCCAUUCGUUCAAGGUACGCCUUAAUAGUCCAGUGUGCCUUAUAGUCCAGAAAAUACGGUAAUUGCACCAACAGUUGUUGCCUUCUCACCGAACUGCUUGCCUAUUGUCCUGUAGCCCAUUCCAGCCUUGUGCAGGUCUACAAUUUUGUCCCUGAUCUCCUUACACAGCUCUCUGGUUUUGGGCAUAUUAGAGAGGCUGGAGGCUGAUUGUGUGGACAGGUGUCUUUUAUACAGGUAAUGAGUUUAAACAGGUGCAGUCAAUGGGUGGAGAAGAGGCAGGCUUCUUAAAGAAGAACUAACAGGUGUGAGAGCCAAAAUUCUUACUGGUUGAUAGAUCAAAUCUGUAUGUCAUGCAAUAAAAUGCAAAUAAAUUACUUGAAGAUCUACUGUGAGUUUCUGUAUUUUUGUGUUACUACAUGCUUUGCAAGUUGCAAAACCUGAACAAUCAGCAGUAUUCAAAUACCGUUUUUUUCCAUGUAUAGUGCGCAAAAUUUAACAGAUUUAUUGUCCUAAAAUAUA